UAAAAAUAUGGCGAUUGUAGGAAUUAAUGGAUUUGGUAGAAUAGGAAGAAUGUGUCUUCGUGCUUGCAUAGAAAAGAAUAUCGAAGUUGCAUUGAUCAACGAUCCAUACAUUACUACCGACUAUAUGAUAUAUUUAUUUAAAUACGACUCGACACACGGAACUUAUCCUUUGAAGCUGGAAUGUGAAGACGGACACAUUAUUGUUGCAGAUAAGAAAAUCGCUACAUCGCAAGAAAAAAAUCCGUGCAAAAUAAAAUGGAAAGAUACCGGUGUAACUUAUGUAAUUGAGGCUACUGGAGUAUUUAAUACCCUGGACAAAGCAGGAUUGCACAUGGAUGGUGGAGCCAAGAGGGUCGUCAUUACCGCACCUUCUGUUGACGCACCAAUGCUGGUUUAUGGUGUAAAUCAUGCUUGUUAUGAUCCAAAAAAAGGUAAAAUAGUAUCAGCUGCUUCUUGUACGACAAAUUGUGCAGCGCCAAUUAUUCAAGUUAUGCAUGGUACCUUCGAAGUUCUCGAAGUAAUGAUCACCAGUGUUCAUGCUUUGACACCAUCACAAAGAAUUUUAGAUGGUCCCAUAGAGCGAGGAAAACUAUGGAGAGAUGGCAGAGGCGGUAUCCAAAAUAUUAUUCCAACAUCUUCAGGCGCAGCAAAGUCAUUGGACAAAGUUAUUCCUGAUCUCAAGGGGAAAAUUUCUGCAAUAGCCUUCAGGGUACCAGUCCCGAAUGUUUCUUUGUGUGAUAUGACUUUCAGAGUUAAUAAACCAACAACAUAUGAAGAAGUGAAGGAAGCAAUGAAGGCAGCAUCAGAGAAUGAACUAAAAAAUAUUCUCGGUUAUACAGACGACGAUUGUGUAUCAUCUGAUUUCUGCAACACAAGUUACUCGUGUAUUUUCGAUGCAAAAGCCGGCAUUCCACAGACAAGUACAUUCAUCAAAGUUGUUGCCUGGUAUGAUAAUGAAUACGGUUAUGCACAUCGUGUAGUAGACCUGGUGCAAUACAUGCAUCAAGUUGAUUCUGGUGAAAUACAACUACCUGCAAAAAGUUUGGAGGAAAACCAGGACCAAGAAAACUGA